GAGCGCCUGCCUUUAUCUCCUCCCUUCCGUCUCCCGGGGGAUGCGCCUCCGCGUCUGCCCACCCCCAAGCCUAGGGCGGAUGCCUCACGCAAAAGCCAGGCUCCGCGGUCGGCGCUUUGGCGGUCGGCGCUCGGCGCUCCGUGCAGUCUCCGCCGCAGCUCCGUCCUUCCCGCUCGGCAGCGGUCCCUGGAGCGGCCGCCGCGGUUCCGAGCGAGGCCCGUGGCUGGUUUUGCUCCACGAAGAUGAACUGGACUGCCGCCGCGUGCUGGGCUCUGCUGCUAGCGGCCACCUUCCUCUGCGACAGCGGCGCGGCCAAGGGCGGCCGUGGCGGGGCUCGCGGCAGCGCCCGGGGCGGGCUGCGCGGGGGCGCGCGCGGGGCCUCGAGGGUGCGCGUGAGGCCUGCGCCCCGCUACGCCGGCUCCUCGCUGCGCGUGGCCGCGGGAGCGGCGGCGGGGGCGGCGGCGGGGGCAGCGGCGGGGGCAGCCGCGGGCCUGGCGGCGGGCUCGAGCUGGAGGAGGGCCGCGGGGCCCGGGGAGCAUGGCCCAGACGACGACGAGGACGGCGCACCCGGCGGCAACGGAACGAACCGAAGCGUCUACAGCUACCGGGCGUGGACUUCGGGCGCGGGGCCCAUGGGCGACCCUCACCUCUGCCUGCUGCUGGGCAGUGCCCUGGGCGCCCUGGGGCUGCUGCGGACCUAGGCCGGGCUGGGCUCGGGGGCCAGAUCUGCCCCCAGCCCGCGCCUGCCCCGCGAGCCACCACAGAGGCUGCCCAGCACUGAGCGCCCCUUGCCUCCACUGCCCAAGGCCUCUGAGCCCAGAGGAGCUGCGUGGCCAACUCCCGACAGUCCAG